UUGUUUACAAACAUUGGGCCGGAAAUAAUUCCGCGCAACGAAAUUCUUGAAAACGUAUUAAAUCCUGUUAAAAUAUCUUCAUUUUUAAUUUAAAGUUAAGUAAAAUGCUCCCGCUAUCGCUUCUCAAAACGGCACAGAGUCAUCCUAUGUUGGUGGAGCUCAAAAAUGGCGAAACCUACAACGGUCACUUGGUAAGCUGCGACACCUGGAUGAACAUCAAUCUUCGUGAGGUCAUCUGCACAUCAAAGGAUGGCGAUAAAUUUUGGCGAAUGCCCGAAUGUUACAUCCGUGGCAGUACGAUCAAGUAUCUGCGCAUUCCGGACGAGGUGAUCGACAUGGUGAAGGAGGACGUGCAGGCCAAAUCGCGGAAUCGGACGGAGCUGAACAAGGGUGGCAAUCGCGGCCAGGGUGGAGGCGGCGGUGGCCAGCAGGGUGAUCGACGCGGUGGUGGCCCAGGUGGUGCCGGUGGGGGACGCAAUAAUGCCAACGCCAAUAAUAGAAACACCUUCGGUAAUCGAGCCGCCAAUCGAUCCGGACUUGGAAAUCCGAAUCGAAAUGCGCUCAACAAGAAGUAAUCACCACGAGCAGCACCAGGGCCGAGUGCCGUCUGUUGGUUAGGUCGUCUUAAAAGUGUGAAAAAAGAAAAGCGAAGCAUUUCGAUGAACGUUUUCAGAGAAAACAUGAAUAAAAAAAAAAUAUGCUUUUGUGUGCUUGGGAAGA